AUGUUGUCCAAGCAAUUUGUCCGUGGGUUCGCCUCCACUCAAUGCGUCAAGAACUACGCUUCUACCAUCCCAAACUUGAAGAUUAACAAGGAAACCAAGGUCAUUUACCAAGGUUUCACUGGUAAGCAGGCUACUUUCCACGCCGAGCAGGCUAUUGCCUACGGCACCCAGGUUGUCGGUGGUACCAACCCUAAGAAGGCUGGUACUCUCCACUUGGACAGACCAGUGUUCGCUACUGUCAAGGACGCCAUGAAGGAGGCUGGUGCCACUGCCACCGGUAUCUUCGUUCCACCUUCUAUCGCUGCUGGUGCUAUUGAGGAGGCUAUCGAGGCCGAGAUCUCCUUGGCUGUUGCCAUCACCGAGGGUAUUCCUCAACACGACAUGGUCAGAAUUGCCCAGAUGUUGAAGACCCAAUCUAAGACCAGAUUGGUCGGUCCUAACUGUCCAGGUCUUAUUGCCCCAGACCAGUGUAAGAUCGGUAUCAUGCCUUCCAGCAUCCACCAGAGAGGCCGUGUUGGUAUCAUCUCUAGAUCCGGUACCUUGACCUACGAGGCUGUUGCUCAAACCACUUCUGUCGGUUUGGGUCAAUCCUUGGUUAUCGGUAUGGGUGGUGACCCAUUCCCAGGUACCAACUUCAUCGAUGCAUUGACUUUGUUCUUGAAGGACCCUGAGACCGAGGGUAUCAUUUUGAUUGGUGAGAUUGGUGGUACUGCCGAGGAGGAGGCUGCUGAGUUCUUGAAGCAACACAACUUGACCAGACCAGAGGGUCCAAAGCCUGUUGUUUCCUUCAUUGCCGGUGUCUCUGCUCCUCCAGGUAGAAGAAUGGGUCACGCUGGUGCCAUCGUUGCUGGUGGUAAGGGUGACGCUAAGUCCAAGAUCGCCGCUUUGGAAGCUGCUGGUGUCGUUGUCGAGCAGUCUCCUGCUAGAUUGGGUAACUCUUUGUACAAGGAGUUCCAAAACAAGGGUUUGUUGUAA